CCACCUUUGAUUUAGUAAUUUAGCUCAUUAGUUAAGGAAUUUCGCGGGUUAAGCAAGCGAUGCAAGGUUUACUAUCGAACGCAUUGACCCCACGGAGGAAUCCGAUUCCUGUUUUCCAUCAAGCUCGCUCUUCGGCAAUUAUCAGCCUUCUGUCAAAGCAAAUAAAGGUUGAUAGAAAUUGACUGGCGAGAAAGAGUUUGGCGCCAAAUAUAUGUCAACAUCCGAAAGAAAGAAAAAGAAAGGGAAGAACGAAAAAGAAGCAAAUGAAGAAGACUGAUCCGAUCAAUAUCGUAGGGGCUGGCAUCUUCGGGCUGAGUACCGCGAUCCAUCUGGCCCGCCGUGGGUAUACCAAGGUUACUGUGUUUGAUAAACAACCCUACGAUUCAACAAAAUACUCGUAUUUUCGUGGCUGUGAUGCAGCUAGUGCAGACAUCAACAAGAUCAUCCGAUCGGGAUACGGCGCAGACACAGUGUACCAGGAUUUGACGACCGAAUCAAUCGCUGGCUGGAAAGAAUGGAAUGAAGAACUUUCCAAAGGACAUGAACUACCGCCUGGAAUUAGUAGACAUGAUCGCGUCUUUGUAAAUAAUGGUCAUCUCGUACUGACUGACCAGGAGACUCUACCGGCUUUUGAGCUCGCAACCAUCGCCAACAUGGAAUCCGCCGGACACAAAGAUACACAACUGAUUACAACAGACUCUAGCCAUCAAGCCAUAGCAAAGACCAAGGGUUUCAUGAGCGCAAUUGAUCCGUUUCACAGAGAGAAGAGAGCCAAGUCGAACGUUGGCGUGCUCGACACGACGGGGGGGUUUGUCAUUGCCGACAAAGCGUGUUAUCUGGCUCUGCAUAAAGCGCGCCAACUGGGUGUGAAAUUCAUACUUGAUCCCGUUGCAGGGAGUUUCCAGUCUUUAAAUUAUGAUCCGGACGAUCAUGAUAGCAAGGUGGCUAUUGGCAUCACAACACAGGAUGGUAAAACUCAUCGUGCAACCAUGAACAUCAUUGCCUGCGGGUCAUGGACCCCCUCACUCAUUCCACAGUUAGAUGGGCUCUGUGAGGCAACCGCUGGAUCAGUGGCGAUGUGGAAAAUCCCACGGCAAUCGCCUCUCUUCGACCGACUGGCUCCUACCUCGUUUCCAUCAUGGCAAUGGAAAAUGCGAGACGGUGCGCAAGGGGGUCUCUAUGGCUUCCCCUGUGACGAAAAUGGAAUUUUCAAAAUUGGAUAUCGGGGUACCAAGUAUACACACCCGGUUCGUCAGGCGGACGGGAUUGAGCGAAGUGUUCCAAUUACACGCUGGUCGUCUGGGAAUGGAACAGACUCUGACGAAGGACAAAGAAUCAGAUCAAUUCCAAGUGAUGCAAUGGAUGUUAUUCAAUCCUUUAUAGAUGAAUAUCUCCCAGAAGUAAAGAAAGAAGGCAUAGAGGUCUUUUUGACGCGGCUUUGCUGGUACAAUGAUAGCUUCGAUAAUCAUCUACUCAUCGACCAUCUACCGGGAAAAAAAGGAGUAUUCGUUGCCACGGGAGGCAGCGGGCAUGCUUUCAAAUACCUGCCCAGUAUUGGUAAUUGGGUUGUAGACAUCCUAGAAGGUGUUGAUAUCAAUCGGCCUGCAAUAAAAGCCUGGCGGUGGAGGAAGUUGCGAGAUGGACAGAUACCGGUUAACGCCCUGAUGCAAGGGAGUAAGAGUCAACGCGCUCUGGGAAAUAUACAAAUGUCUCCAAGUACCGACAUGCCUUUGGCUUCAAAGCUAUAAAUGAGAUUACCUUACUUAUAAACAUCCGGUUUGUACGAAAAGCCUAUGAUCCUGAUCCUAAUCAUUA